GCGGAGGGCAUUAAUCUUAAAGAUGGCUCCGAAGACGAAGAAGCCAAAGACCGCCUGCGAAUUGCCAGAGUCCGAGUACAGGCUCUGGUCUCCUCUCGGCAGCAUCACCGUGAAGGCCUGCGAGUCUGGCCUGCACUCGACCAGCCUCCAGGGGGAUUUGUCGGACGAAAAUUUUGCACCAAACGCAACACAAGGUGUAAAGCUUUUGGGCAGCAACAAAGUACCGCAGGUCAUCAAAAAAUGUGAGAUCUGGUUUCGUGCUUACUUCGAUGACCCUAAGAAUAUGAACAUCGUGGAGAGGCCAGACAUCUGUGUUUUCAAGAAAUCAAAUUUAGCAUUUCGUGAACGCGUUUGGAAGACCCUAGCGGACACGGUCGGGCCAGGCGAGGUCAUCACAUACGGUGCCUUGGCUGACAGAUUGAAAAAUCCAGGUGCUGUAAGAGCUGUGGGCUCAGCGAUGCGCAACAAUCCAAAUGGUAUAAUUGUCCCUUGCCACAGGGUUGUUAGGACAUCAGGGCUGGGACUCUACCACGGAGGUACACUACAGUCAGUCAAAGUGUGGCUGCUGAACCAUGAGGGAAUUACAAAAUAUACUUAGUAUAUUAGUUAGGGUUUUUUUUAUAGAAUUAAGUCCAGUACCUGCCUGCCUUUCAUGGGGUAGGUCUGUCCUAGCCCUUGUCCAAAAAGGGAGUUUCGUGACGUUAAACCGAAAUCAAA